CGUAAUAGUUUCUUUCGUCCUUCCUUUCGCAGAGGAAAGAAAAAUGUCCGCCUCCAUCAGAAGCAUGUCUUUGACAGUGUGUCGAAGUGCAAGAGCUUUCAGUCCAGUAAUUCGUUUAUUUAGCGUUGGAUCUCGUUCAAGAGCAAAAAACAGCCCUGCUGAGGGAGAAGGGGGCAUUAUUGAAUCCACAGCAGAAUACAAAUUUGUGGAGAGGCUGAUUCCUCCUACACGCAUCCCAACUCCCCCUAAACACGAUGGGACUGCCCCAUCAGGAUGGAUCCCACCAUCAGAUAGUCCACCUUCACUGCCUUACAUGAUACGUCGCUCCAGAAUGCACAAUGUACCUGUGUACUCCGACAUCAAGCAUGGAAGUCAGCACAGCACUCUGCUCCGAAAGGUGGAAGGAGACAUAUGGGCCCUGAACAAGGAUGUUAAGGAAUUCCUGCUGGGGCUAACGGGAAGAGAGCUUCCAACACAGGUCAAUGAAGUCACCGGGACCAUCAGAAUUAAAGGGCAGUUUGAAAAAGAGCUGAAGGACUGGCUACUGAAGAAGGGAUUUUAAAUUGGGCGAAGCUAAUGCACCAACUGAAUAAAAUAAAAUAACUGCAAUACUAAAGGACUGAGAGGAAAUAUAAAUCAUCAUCUCUGUUCCAUUUCCUACACUUGUGUUUUGCUAUUGUAUUCAUGUAUUAAGUUUGUAAAUAUAAUAAACAUGUUUUCAUGUUA